AUGGCUGUACAGGACACCAGACUGAUGUCCCCCUUGAUGUUGAGUUUGCUUCUGGGAGCCUCAUCUUCCAUUUGGCCCCUGGCUCCUGCAGCGGCCUUCCAGCUGCCGCCCUGCCAGCCCAUCAACCAGACGGUGUCUCUAGAGAAGGAGGGCUGUCCCAAGUGUCACCCGGUGGAAACAACCAUCUGCAGCGGACACUGCCCGACCAAGGACCCUGUCAUUAAGAUACCGUUCAGCAACGUGUACCAGCAUGUUUGCACAUACCAGGAGUUUUACUACAAGACAUUUGAGCUUCCUGACUGUCCUCCGGGCGUGGACCCCACCGUCACCUACCCUGUGGCUCUGAGCUGCCACUGCGGCCGCUGUGCCAUGGACACGUCUGACUGCACCUUCGAGAGCCUGCAGCCAAACUUCUGCAUGAAUGACAUACCUUUCUACUACUAACCCAAAGCCAUAGCAGCAUGUAAAACAGAAAGAAACUGGGUUAACGCUACUACUGUAAAUAAAAA